GACUGGAGCGGUUUGUCUGUAGUUAAAGCUGCCCUGUUGGGACAAGCACCCGGUUUAACUGCGUUGUUGUUUUUCGGUGUAGUUUUCCCUUAAACUAACAGAAAUGAAGCUCGCCUGUGUGUUGCUCCUGCUUCUUGUUGCAUGGACGAGCGAUGCGGUUGUUAGGAUCCCCCUAACGAAGUUUCGCUCUAUGAGGCGCACGUUAUCCGAUUCAGGUCGAACUGUGGAGGAACUUGUUGCCAAAUCCCAGCACACAAAAUACAACCUGGGAUUCCCAACCAACACCGGACCAACUCCUGAAACUCUAAAGAAUUACCUGGAUGCGCAAUACUACGGCGAGAUAGGUCUUGGCACUCCAGUCCAGACUUUCACUGUGGUGUUUGACACUGGAUCAUCCAACUUGUGGGUGCCUUCUGUCCACUGUGCCUUUACUGACGUUGCAUGCUGGCUUCAUCACAAGUAUAAUGGGGACAAAUCCAGCACAUAUGUCAAAAACGGAACUGCAUUUGCUAUUCAGUAUGGCUCUGGAAGUCUCUCUGGCUAUCUUAGCCAGGAUGUCUGCACAGUUGGAGACAUUGCUGUAGAAAAGCAGAUUUUUGGCGAGGCCAUCAAGCAGCCUGGAAUGACUUUUGUUAUUGCAAAAUUUGAUGGCAUCCUGGGCAUGGCCUACCCUCGCAUUGCUGUUGAUGGGGUUCCUCCAGUCUUUGACAUGAUGAUGAGUCAGAAGAAAGUGGAGAAGAAUGUGUUUUCUUUCUAUCUGAAUAGAAACCCAGAUACACAGCCUGGUGGUGAACUCCUCCUGGGAGGCACUGACCCAAAGUUCUACACUGGAGAUUUUCACUACGUGAACGUAACCCGACAGGCAUACUGGCAGAUUCACAUGGACGGUAUGACCAUUGGCAGUCAGCUGACUCUUUGUAAGGGAGGUUGUGAGGCCAUUGUGGACACUGGCACGUCUCUGAUCACUGGACCUGCUGCUGAGGUCAAGGCUCUUCAAAAGGCCAUUGGAGCCAUUCCCCUGAUCCAGGGAGAGUACAUGGUGGACUGCAACAAGGUGCCUUCCCUUCCCACUAUUUCUUUUAAUUUGGGUGGCCAGACCUAUACGCUGACAGGAGAACAGUACAUUCUAAAGGAGAGCCAGGGAGGUAAACAAAUCUGUCUGAGUGGCUUCAUGGCUCUGGAUAUUCCUCCUCCGUCUGGGCCCCUGUGGAUUCUGGGCGAUGUUUUUAUUGGGCAGUACUACACCAUGUUUGACCGUGAUAACAACAGAGUGGGCUUUGCUAAGGCCAUUUAAGCCCAGCAUAAUAUAGUCUUGUCUUGUCUUUUUUAAAGUAGCAAAAAAAAGAAGAA